AUGGAGAUGUGUGGGAGCCGGCGCUUGGAACAAAACAGGGAAGUCGAGGACAUUUGUACGGAGUGUCGUGAGGCGGGACCCGCGACGAUAUCCGUGGACCCCACACGAGUGAACAGAGAUACACGUCCGUCAUGUGGAACUGAUCGCUGUGUCGAACUUUGUGUUAGUAUUCCUUGUCGGGUGUUAAGGUUGUUAGAGGAACGUUUCUGCUCCACACGGCCCCCACCCCCCCCCACCCCCUCUAAGAACAGGUUUCUUAUUAUUUUCUACAAUCCUGGCGGAGGUCUCUAUCUGUGUUCGCUAAACGACCUCGAAUCAAUCACGGCUUUUAUACUGGACAGGGCCCACCAUCCACCACCCACCACCCUCCACUGUACCCCUCCCUCGUGCUCGCAGCGGGUACAUGUUCACCUCCCCCCGCGCCUCACCCCUCAGCCCGCCACAACCCAAACUCCUCAAGCUUCAUGCGAACGUUAA